AUGCACUUUUCAAUCCCUGUCCAUGUUUCUCAGAGUCAUACACGACGGAAACAUUACUGGAGAAAGCGUGAAACCAGCAAUCUCACCUACCCUCCAUUUGUGACAUAUGGUCCAAUAGUGGUGGCUGGUGGACUCUGGAAUUACCAGUCUGCAGUACAGAAGGUUGAUUACAUCACAAGCCUUGCUUCUUCUCAGUCUCUUGACUUUCUGGCUUUGACAGAGACCUGGAUCACUCCAGAGAACUCUGCUACCCCUGCUGCUCUCUCUUCAGCUUUCUCUUUUUCACAUUCUGCCCGCCGGAUUGGAAGAGGUGGAGGCACGGGUCUGCUUCUGUCUAAACACUGGCGCUUCACACCACUUUCUUUUCCACAGCUUGUUAUUUCUACUUUUGAAUUUCAUGCUGUCUCUGUGUACUUUCCAAGCAAAUUUCACAUUCUUGUUGUUUAUCGCCCCCCUUCUGCACUAGGUCACUUUAUUGAGGAGCUGGACACUCUCCUGAGCCUCUUUCCAGUUGGUGAGACUCCACUCAUCCUACCUGGUGACUUCAAUUUGCCGUUAGACAAGUUACAGUCAUCCUGCCUCCUUCCUUUGCUGUCUUCCUUCGACCUGACCCUCAACCAGUCACCUCCCACACAUAGAGCUGGCAAUGUCCUUGACUUGGUCUUCACCAGACCCACGUCUGCAAAGGCUCUUGUGGUAACUCCACUAACCUGUUCGGAUCACUACUUUCUCUCAUUCUCCCUCUCUCUCCCUUCUCUCCCAACUUUCCCUACUUCAUCACACACCACCACAACACGUCGCAACCUGCAUUCCAUCUCUCCCUCAAACCUCGCCUCUUGUAUCACCUCAACUCUGCCAUCCCCCGACUCCUUCUCUUCCCUCUCAGUGGAAUCGGCCACAGAUACACUUCUGUCCUCCAUAUCAUCUUCUCUUGAUCAUCUAUAUCCUGUCUCUUCCAGAACGUUAAGAUCAUCUCCACCUGCUCCCUGGCUGACUGAGGCUCUACGUAGCAACCGACGGGCUCUCCUCCUUCUCCCAUCUCUCUUACUGCUAAUGACUUUGCUUCUUUCUUUAAGGAAAAGGUAAAUAAGAUCUGUGACUCCUUUUCUCUGACUCCAACCACUGUAUGCCACCACUCACUCUCUCCUAAAACUCUUACCUGCUUUUCUUCUCUUUCAAAUGAGGAAGUACAUCAACUACUAACAUCUU